AGAGGGAAAUUUAUUGUCGGUCUAAUGAUUCCAAAUUGUAAAUGUAAUUUUGCGUUUCGAUAAUUUGUAUGUUCGGAUGAAUAUAGAAAAAAAAUCCACAUCAUUCUUUUCGCUUUUUGCCAAAAAAUUUUGACGAAAUGUUUCUUGUAAUAUACUUCAUUUGAAUAUCUAUACCAAUAUUCAUGUUGUAAAGGAUUAGUAUAACUAACAUUGGUAUCCAUAUUGGACCGACGAUUCUCUAAAUUAAAAUUUGGAUUUGAUUCGAGACUGCCUUAUGCGAGACGUUUUGGGGAUACGAUAACUUCUCAAUUGAUGUCUUGAAAGGGAUGUGAAAACGACGAAUGGAUCUCCGUUGUACAUAAUUAAUUUAGCUAUAGUUUCUAUCCUGCUUAGACUAUAAAGUUGUAAAAUCUGAACAUAGAUGUAAAUUCAUGUACGAGCGAUACCACUGGAUAUCGCUGUAUCGUGCACACGCCAUAACAAUGAACGCACAUAAACGUCUAUAUUUGGAGGUAAAAUUGUAUAAUAUGUAUGUAAUGUAUCAUUUAUUUAGUUAUCUGCAAAGCAGCUUGUGUACUUUGAAAAAAAUAUAUGAAUACAUGUAAAAUUAUCCAUUAUUUCUUUCAUUUUAGAAAUGGGUCAAAUUACAUUAUAGAUCAAUCAGUUAUUUUUAUAAUGGAUCAUCCAUAUCGGUAAUGGCGGACGACCACCGCAGAUGAAAGAGUUUUGUCGGGUUUUCCUUGUUUUCCGGUUUUUUUUCCUCGGGUAAAUAUCGCGUCGUCGACACGGGACCGUAUAAAAAAAAUGUUGCUCCACUCAAUCACACCCGCUCCUGAAUAGUAAUUGUUAGUCGACCGGUAGAAAAAUAAUAAAAAUUUAUGUAGACGUUUGAACAAAAAUCAUCAAAGUUGAAAUUCAAACUGCGCACGGAUCAAAGAUGUCAUUACCAUUAUUACAAAUGAAUGAUUAAUGUAGUAUAGUACGAUGAUAUCGAUAGAUUUAACUAUGUAUAGAGAGAUGAAAGAGCCUGUGAUUUUAGUUUAACAGUCGUUAGUUUAUUUAAAUAUAUAUAUACAUACAUAGAUACGUAUACAUCACGUAGACAUGAUAUUGAUUAAUUAUGAAAAUUUGAAAGUCAACAAACCGUGGUGCAUAUACUUCGAUGACAAUAUAUUUUCAUCAACUUUUAUGUAAUCAUGUUGGUGAAGAAAUAAGGAACUAUUAUCAUUAUAAUAGAAGAGGUGCCAAAUGAGCCAUUACAAUUUAUGACUGUAUAGAAGAAAAAAAUAAAACGAAUAGAUCGUAAUAAUCAAAAUCAAACCAUAUAAAGCUUAUGACUAUGAUGCAUACAUAUUCUGUACCGAAUAGACGAUUGCUGAAGCAUCAACGCAAUUAGAUUUCUGUACGAAUUAGAUUUAGGAAUUAUCUUGGCUAUAAGUAUACACACGUUAGCCCCCGUGAAUUAUGGAACUCUUUACUCGUUUUGGAAAUGGAAACAAAUCAUGUUAACGAAUAAAAAAUCAAAAAUAAUAAAAAAAAGAUCAAAUAUAUUUAGAAAAAAAUCUUUACGGGAGAAUAUGUAAUUUUUGAAUACUGACAAGAAGGAGAGCAGGUGUGCGUGGCGGAAUAUAAGUCUUAUAAUUAAAAUUUGGGAGCACACGAUAAUUGUACUGUAUGUAUGUGUUUACGAAAGACUGAAUUACACGUUAUACAUAUAAAAGUAUAUGUAUAUGUUAAAUAAGAUUUUGUCAGAACUGUGAAAAUCUAUAUGGAUUAUUUAUGGAGAUGUUAAUGCGAAUAUAUUACUAUACCAAAUAGUUUUUAGAAUGUUGUUUAAUCUAACCAAAUAUGAAAGUUUGAAAGAAGCUAAAAUUUCGAGCUGAUAUACCCCCAUGUACUAUAGUAAACUUGUGGAAUUAUUUUGGAACGCAACGAACGGCCUUGUGAUUUGAGACUCUGAAUUAAUUCUUACGAAACUGGACUUAUCCUAUUGUAUACAUAAAACCAAAAUCAAAAAAUAAAAAAUACAAAAUACAAAAAACAACAAAAAACAAACAAAAAGAAAAAAAAAAAAUUAAUUUUUCACAAAAGUGUCAAUGUUUUUCGAUAUAAUUAACGAACAAUGUUUUCUAUAGUGUCGUAUAUUUCAAUGAUUCUAUGUUUGCUUCGGACGAAUUGAGAGUACCUACAUUAUACGUAUAGGUAUCCACAUCGUCUAAAUCUAUAUUGCCUAAUUAAUAUGGGAUAAAGAAAACACCAAGUGAAAAUUGUUUUUCAAAUCAAUUUACUCCAUUAUUGAAAGUUUAAAGCAGAAAGGAAGUCAGGAUGUGAACUGAUGGUUAAUUUUACGGGUUGAAUAAUACGAUACAUAUUGUUACGAUAAUUAUGUUCCUGUGUAUUUACGUAUUAUCCGGUGAAAUUCACUUGUAAUUUAUGAAUCUACAUCGACCUGUUUACAAAUACCCAAGUUAUCAUAACUCACACUCUUUGUUUCCUGUUGUAAUAUUAUUUGGACGCAAUUAAAAUGUAUUUGAAAAUUAUCCUAUGUACCCAGUCACAUUGAACCUAUACUCUGUGUAAUUGAACUUUUCUUGUCAUCGUACGGUUUCGCUUCUGAGUUACUUCUAAAGCCUUCAUUGUGUACUGCCUCACUUUGUAGGGAUGCCUCGAACAAGUUACUGCGAAGCCGCUUGACGUUAUGACCUGAUAUUCUUGCUAGCUCGACUCAUAUGUGAUCAUUGAAAUAGCAACAGACAAUAAUGACGAAUUAAUCCCGCUUCGUUUAUGUAGAAAAAUGCGUGUCCUUCGUGAACGACGCGUGAUUCUCCUCUUAUCAUGUUAAAUGAGCGCUUUCGAUCGGUCGCAUCCCAUAUGUGAAUAUGUACAAAGCCCACGUUUUUGAUAUCGUGGUAGGAUGAAAGUAAUCUAGAAAUUCAUCGUACGAGGAUCAUUAAUUUCAGGUAGAUACUCAAUUGUAGAGAUAACAAUCCGCGUUUCUAAUCGGAAAAUAAUCCCGCGCCAUCCGCCGCGGCGUGUCAAGAUAACGCAUGCAUGGCCCGCAAAUGUUGAACUCGUGGAAAAUGACAACUGUGGACUUUGAGUUUCGAUGAUACGAGAUCAUGCGAGUUUCAUUAUGAAACAGCCAUGAUUCAAUUUACGUGAAUAAUUUAUUCAGAGUCGACUUGAAGAUCAUCACCAUUUUUACAUGCCAUGAUCUAUUGAUUAAACAGAACUGCAGGCAUUGCCAAUGGCAACGCUAUUCCGACAGCCAAAUAAAUUUGAUUCGAUGAUAGUUUUUGAGAAUUCUGCAGCAGAGACGAUCACGUCGCGCGUGCUUCGCACAAUGAUAUAAUUGUAGCUUUGUGAAUUAAUGACUUUUGCUCAACAUCAACGUCAAGAUGGUGAAAAAUCGUAGAGUUGAAACUAAAAUGCAAACAAGUUUUUACGUCGAGCCAGGACAAAGUCUGAAAAACACCAAGAGCCCCGGAAGAAAGCUCGUAUUAACGGUGCCUCGAUACGAGUACAACAAAUUUGUGGGAUACACGAAUGAAUCUGAAAGAAUGGCAAUUAUCGCCGCAAAGGAACAAGCCAAGUUAGCCGCCCUGCGAAAAGCCACUUACGAGAUGUCCAAGAAUUGGGACAACACGCACGAGAAUGUAAAAAAACGUCGACAAGAAGAAUUACUCGCUAGAAGAAAAAAAGAGGACGAUAUUCGUAUGCGAUUCGCGAAGGAAAUGAGACUUCAAAACGAGGCUGCCAGAGCGAAAGUCGUCGAAGAAGCCAGACGUCUGUUGCUCUACCAAAAGCCUCUGUGUCGGCUCUUGAACGGAGCCCUUCUUACUUCCGAGUGCUUCAGAGAGAGAGACGCUCAGCUAGAGUUCGAGAAAACUCUAAAGGGCGUUGACGAAGAACAGGAAAAAGAGUACGCCGAAUUUCUGAAAAAACAAGCCGAAGCUUUCAAAGAAUCUGAGCAUCAAAAAACCGCCGAACGAAUAAAAAAAGCUAUGGCCCAUGGGGCCGAGCUCAAAAAACAAAUCAGUGAUAACGAAGCUGAGCUGAAACGAGCUGAAAAAGAAGAAUAUCUUCAAGGGAGACAGGAUCUUUUGAAUAUGGCGAGGGAUUUGAGGUUGAUGAAAGAAUGCGAAGAAGAGGAGGCACUAAAACGUAAAAAUGAACUGAGAAAAUUAGUAACUGAUGCGGUCGAAGAAAAAAAGAAUUUUGAGAAGGAGGCGAAGAGGGAAAUGGAAUUCCGUGAUCAAGCCGCGGCUAUUUUCGAGAGAUCCAAGAGGAGAAUUGAGCAGAUAAGGAAGUUGAAAGCACAGGAAGAACUGGCCGCGAAAAUGAGUCACGCAGAAUUCAUUGGCAAGAAAUUCGCCGCCGCGUCGGCCAAGAAAAAGGCCGAUGACGAAGACGCCAGAAUUGCUAAAGCUCAGCGUGAAAUAGAAGCCAGAGAUUUAGCAGAAAUCGAAGCAAAAAAGCAACGCGCUUUGAAAGCAAAAAUGGAAUGUAUAAAGUUUCAGGCAGACGUGGAGAAUGAAAAGCGAAGGAAGAAUGAGGAAGCGAAGGAGCUGAACAAUUGGGAAAUGCUGCAAAGAUUCAAGAGGGAUGAAUUCAACAAGGAGUUUCAACUGAAACAGCGGAAACUCGAGUGGGAGAAAAAAAUGGCUACUGCAAAGAAUUUGAAGGAGCAAAUGCUAGAAAAUGAGAAAAGCCGAAUCCGGGAAAAGAAAUUCGAAAGCGAUGAGAAUUCUGCAGCGGCAAUUAUUGAAAGGACGAAUAAAAAGGUUUUGGAAUACGGUGAACAGAUUCUAGAGGAGUCCAGAGGCGUCAGACCGCUAUUUCCCAUCCUCAAAACGAUCGAGAAAUUCAAAAAGGAAAAUGGGCUCCUUCGAAAGGAAGUUUAUGAGGAAAAUAGCAGUUCAGUUCAGAAUAAAAAGCCGAGAAGACGACUGCCGGUUUGUCUGGCUCCGGUACCUGAACAGGAAAUUGUUUACAUAUGAAAUUCUAGAGCUCUCUAAAGUUUGGAGUCUUUUUAUAGAUAUGGACUAAUCAAUAAUACACAGUAUGUAAAAUAUAUCGUCAAUUUAUAAAUAACCGAUCACGUGCACCCACACUCUAACGCGAUUUAUUAUUA